GACCAUGUUUCAUCUUUUUUUCGUCUGCAUCCGACACAUCUGGAGCGGAGCAGACGUCGUUACGUAACGAUCCCUGCUGUGAACCCAUGCGCCGGAUGUGAUAACCGCUGUUGAUGCAGAACGACAGCAACGGGAAAAGAUGCCUUUGCCUGUGCAAGUAUUCAACUUUCAGGGGGUUGUGGAGCCCAUGCAGAUAGAUGCUGACCCACAAGAGGACCAGCACAAUGCACCAGAUGUCAACUAUGUGGUGGAAAACCCCACACUGGACCUGGAGCAGUAUGCGUCCAGCUACAGUGGUCUGAUGCGCAUUGAGAGGCUGCAGUUCAUAGCAGAGCACUGUCCCCAGCUCCGGGCAGAAGCCUUGAAGAUGGCCCUGUCCUUUAUCCACAGGACCUUCAACGUUGACGUGUACGAGGAGAUCCACCGCAAACUCACAGAGGCCACCAGAGAGGUCCAGGUGGCUACAGAUGCCGUUGUGGAGGGCGGGGCAGUCGAUCCCCCUCCUCUAGACACAGCGUGGGCCGAGUCGACCAGGAAAAAAGCCCUGCUCAAACUGGAGAAACUGGACACUGACCUGAAGAACUACAAAGGCAACUCCAUCAAAGAGAGCAUCAGGCGGGGUCAUGAUGAUCUUGGGGACCACUACUUGGACUGCGGUGACCUCAGCAAUGCCCUCAAGUGCUACUCCAGAGCCCGAGACUACUGCACUAGCGCCAAGCAUGUCAUAAACAUGUGUCUUAAUGUCAUCAAGGUUAGUGUCUACCUCCAGAACUGGUCCCACGUCCUUAGUUAUGUGAGCAAAGCUGAAUCCACUCCAGAGAUAGCAGAGCAACGAGGGGAGAGAGAUUGCCAGAGUCAGUCAGUCCUCACCAAAUUAAAAUGUGCUGCAGGCCUAGCAGAGCUGGCCUCCAGAAAGUACAAACAAGCAGCCAAGUGCUUCCUGCUGGCCUCCUUCGACCACUGUGACUUUGCUGAGCUCCUGUCCCCCAGUAAUGUAGCUGUGUACGGAGGGAUGUGUGCCCUCGCCACCUUUGACAGACAGGAGCUGCAGAAAAACGUCAUCUCAAGCAGCUCCUUUAAAUUAUUCCUAGAGUUGGAACCUCAGGUCCGUGACAUCAUCUUUAAGUUCUACGAGUCAAAGUACGCUUCCUGUCUCAAAAUGCUGGACGAGAUCAAGGAUAACCUGCUGUUAGACAUGUACCUGGCCCCCCACGUACAGACGCUCUACACUCUGAUCAGGAACAGAGCUCUCAUACAGUACUUCAGCCCGUACGUGUCUGCAGACAUGACUAAGAUGUCCCAGUCCUUCAACACCACAGUGUUAUCUCUGGAGGAUGAACUGACCCAGCUCAUACUGGAGGGACUGAUCAACGCACGUAUAGACUCUCACAGCAAGAUCCUGUAUGCGCGGGAUGUCGAUCAGCGGAGCCACACGUUUGAGAAGUCGAUCCACAUGGGCAAAGAGUUCCAGAGGCGAGCCAAAGCCAUGAUCCUACGAGCUGCCGUGCUGCGCAACCAGAUACACGUCAAGUCUCCUCCCAGAGAGGGAAGCCAAGGCGAACUUAACUCUGCCAACAGCCAAUCACGAAUGAGCACCAACAUGUGAACAUUCCCCUGAGACCUCUGUCUUACAGGAAGUUACCAUGUCAGUGGGUUCCGCCAGGGGGACCUAGCACCCCUCCACCCCAUCCCUCCAUCUCUGAGGCUCCUCCUCCGACUCAGUGCUGCAUCUGCCUGCUGAAAGAAAUAUACAAACUGAAACGUCAACUUUCAUAGCUUGCAACUCAAAUGGCACCUUUAUUCAAUAUAUAGUGUACCAUGUUUGGCCCAUAGAGCUCUGGUCAACCGUACUGCACUAUAUAGUGAAUAAGGGUGCCAUUUUGGACGCAGCCUAGGACUUUGUUCAUGUGAGAAGUGAUCGUCUGUGUAGACUGAAGACUUGAUGAGCAAUCUGUGUGUUAAUGUUAUAGCGGGAAGGCUGCGUGUGUCUGUGUGUGUGGCGCUCUCUUCUUAGUAGUGUUCUCUUUUUGUCCUUUGUAUGAGAUGCACCUUUCUUCCCUCGCUUUCAUUUUUCUUUCUGAUGAUGACAGACUUUGAAGAUUAAACAGAACACACACAUACCUAAGAACCACUGUCCACAAGAUCUGAUUUUAAAAUAAACAUGUAUGAUAAUCA